AUGGCUAGUAAGUCGAUUUCCACUAGUAAUCGCUCAAUAAAGAGCUCUACUAAAUCUGGAAAUAUUCUAGGAGGUGACCCGAGUUCAGGAGAGGCAUCGGCUGUGAAAACCUCGCGUAGUGAACCAAAUAAGGGACAUGGAGAUGAACAAUUAUCGCCCAAGGCCAAUCCAUUACCAGGCGCGUUUGAUCACAAUUCUGAAAAUGAACCUCUUUUAGGAGCACAGGGAAGACCAUCUCACCGCACCAUUGGUCCAACUAACUCUGAAAAUUUACCGAACGAUAUUGACGACAGAGAGCCAGGACGGUUUUAUGAGGCUCGUAGAAAUUAUAGAAUAUUCGUUCAUGACUCCAGAGUUAUUUUGAAUGUGCUUAUAAUACUCAAUACUAUAUGGUUGGUUACUACGUUUGUGUCAGACUUUUUCUUCAAUAUGAGCUUCCUACAUUUUAGCAAUAGAAUAACGAGCUUCAAUGAUCUUAGCCUAAUUUUCAUUUCAAUAGUCGCCAAUUCCAUGAAUCUUUGGUUCAAUAGAGUGGGGCUUUAUUCAGGCCUAGAUCAAAGCCUGAACAUUGUUUUGUGCAUUUUGACACUUUUCAAUCUAUUCCUGACAUAUAUCCUGAGUUACACGAGGAGAAGAAUUGGUUUUAUCGGGACUGUUACUUAUCUAUGGGCAGCAUUGACUUUUUUUGUUGGUGCGGUUCUCGAUUGGCGUCUGUAUACGUACAUGAAAGGGUUCAACCCUUCUGUGGACGAUGAAAGUGACUCCUCUACCUCACCAAUUGGAUCAAGACAUACAAUUAUGGAGUGGAUUUCAAUUGGAUUCCGUAAUUUGGUGAAGUUCCUUAUAUUCAUCUUUUUCGUUUUAUUCACUUUGAACACACUGCUAUUCACCAUUGAUAUAGGCCGCGUAACGCACGGUGUAAAAGAUGUUUCAACAGAGGCUGCAUCCUAUGAUGCCUUUCACUGGGUGGAUCCAGAGCAUACGUAUCAAAUACACAUUUCCUGCUAUGGCGACGUGUUCUCUAAGGAUAAAGAUUUACAACCUAUUGUUCUUUAUGAGCAUGGCAGUAUAGAUACGGGAUUUUUGUCUGCUACUUGGAUCCAAGAGCUAUAUCAUUUGAACAGAGUACAACGCUAUUGUACUUACGAUCGACCAGGUUAUGGAUUAUCUGAUUCUGCUCCUGCUCCAAUCUCCAUUGCAAUGGUAGCCGAUGCCGUAACUUACGCGCUCACAAAAGAUGCUAAAAUCAAGGGACCGUUCACUACUGUGGGUUACGAUUUAGGGGGGCUUUUUACUCAAGUUUUCACCGCAAAAAAUGUUGAUAAGGUCGAUUCAAUGCUAUUAGUGGAAUCUUGGCACGAAGAUAUUCUCUUGAAGAAUUAUUUACAACGGUUGCUCCCUCCUGACAGAGAUAGUAAAGACCCAGAUGACAUGAGCAAUCUACCUCCAGAAAUUCAAAGACACAAUGGGUUCAGAAUAUGGUGGGAUGGGCUAUGGUCGACAGUUGGCAUUAAGUUACAGACAUCAUGGCUGCUCGCUCAUCAUGGAUCCAAGGAGCGUUUGCUUGGCCGGGAUAUGAAAUAUCAGGGUAAAUUUUUGAGAGGAAAGUUUUUGGAGAGUGUAACAAGUUCCUUGUUAAGUUACAAGGAUGUUUUGAAUAGUAAAGAGAAACUACACGAUGUAAAGACCAGUGUUGCAAGUGCCAAUGAACUCAUAAAGAAAUCCCCGCAAUGGGGCAAUUGGCAACGGGAGCUUACAAAGGUGUCUGUUAAUACACAGGAGUGGAAAAUUUUGACAGGCGGUCAUGAAGUGUAUAAAUUCGGGACAGCAAAACAAGAGCUGCAAGAUGUCUUGCUAAGGUUAAUUGGCGAUAAGGACCGUUAUUAA